AGCGCGUUCAUUUACUCUAGCGCCGCGCAACCGAACGGCAGCGCGCGACACUCUCUCCCAUAUCAGGACUGUGGAGAACGAGGACGCCAAAGAAAAAACAGUGCAGCACUAAUGCAAAGACAUACUCCUGAAGCCUCAACAGUGCAACGCAGGUGGAUAUAACUGUUAUAUUUUCUCCACGUGCCAUGAAGAACCUUCUCCCCAAGCUGUGGAUCUUCAUCGCUCCAGUUGUCUUCCUCCCUUCGCUCGUCGCCGAGGAUUAUUUCGUCACUUGGAGACCGGAUUUAUGGCCAAAAGACGACAAAAACUACCAGUGCAUGGACAUUCCCGAGGACCUGAGGUUGUGUUUUAAUGUGGGCUACCACCAAAUGCUGCUUCCCAAUUUGCUGGAGCAUGAAACCAUAACUGAGGUGAAGCAGCAAGCGGUCAGCUGGGUUCCUCUGGUGCACAAAGCCUGUCACCCCGGCACGCAAGUGUUCCUCUGCUCGCUCUUCGCCCCCGUGUGCCUCGAGAGACCCAUAUUUCCGUGCCGCUGGCUGUGCGAGGCCGUUCGGGACAGUUGUUCCCCUAUAAUGCAGGCGUUUGGGUUCCCUUGGCCUGAAAUGCUCAAAUGUGACAAGUUUCCCCUGGGCGACGUGUGCAUUUCUAUGAACACCAGCAGCAGCAAUGAUACGGAUACAUCUCCAGGUGCCACUUCUGUGUGUCCACCAUGUGACAAUGAGAUGAACACCGAUGGAAUUCUGGAACACAUGUGUGCCAGUGAAUUCGCAAUCAAGACAAAGAUUAAGGAAGUCAAAAUAGACAACUUAGAUCGGAAAGUCUUUCUGAAAAACAAGAGGAAGCCGGUGAAGCUUGGAACUCUGAAUAAGCAGGACCUUAAGAAGCUUGUGCUUUACCUGAAAAAUGGAGCAGACUGCCCAUGCCAACAACUGGAAAACCGACAGAGCAACUAUUUAAUCAUGGGCCGGAGUGUGGGGAAACAGUAUAUAUUGACAGGCAUUCAUAAGUGGGACAAAUCUAGCAAAGAAUUAAAGAUGGCCCUUAAAAAACUUAAAAGCCACAAAUGUUCAGCUUUCGAGAGAGUGUUUAAGUGAUUUUUGAUCAACUGGUUACUAAUCUUUGUGAACUUCCCAUUAUAACAUAUUACAUUUUGCAUUACAGUACAGUAUAUAAAGGAACCAAAGAGGCCACAAUCAAGCUUGCAAUUUAGUUCAGAUUUUAAAAUGUUGUUGAACAUUUCUAACCAAUCCAAGUUAAAAAACAGUUAUUCACAGCUAUUUGCAUUCCAUUAUGCUUCAAGUCAGUUGAGUGAGUUCUGCUUUUGCACACACUGCCUUUUUAUAUAUAUAUAUAUAUAUAUAUAUAUAUAUAUUGAUGUUUUCAUGGUAGAAUAAUAUCUACAUCCAUGCAAUCUGUUAAUAAUGUUUAUGUUUAUUAAUAUUCAUCACAGUUAUCAGGUACUCAGUAAAAUACAUAACUUCUUACACAAAGUUUUUUUUUUUUUUUUUUUUUUUUUUUUUUACAGUUUAUUGUUGUAUAGGAUGCAAAUCACAAUUAAUCAUACAGUGGAAGGCGUCCUAUAGCAUGCCUGAGGACUUGCACAAUUCACUGUAAUCAUUCAAGAUUAAACAAUAUUUUUAAUAUAA